GAGAAUGGGCGUAGACACACAGGGAAGGACUACAACAAACACCGCUGUACUUUCAUUCUAACUCACUGGAUACAAGAUAUUUACUCUCAUGUGUUUUCAAAGGACACGCUGGUGGUAUCGCCAGCCUCGCGAACAGGGAUGAGAUGACUUUUGAUGCGCGUGUAUGGUUUCUAUCAUGCGGUCGAUGGCGCAGAUAAAGAAGAUGCGUGAAACAACGCAGCCCAGCCCUGUUUUCUUGAAUGUGGUAGGAGGAAACCACAUAUUUUCGGAUGAAGAUGAAAUCAGCAUUGCCUGAAUGUUGGUUUCCUAUGGACUGUCGUGCUGAAAACCCGAAUCGAUGAAGCGAGUGAAAGGAGCAGCAUGCUGCCUAGGUGAUUGAUCACUGUGCUCAAUGAGAACGAGGAGCGCAGCUGCAAUACGAUGGCUGAGGUGAAUAACCUGAAGACAGCCAGAUUAUGGAGGGAUGCUGCUCUGCGCUCCAGGAAGCUGCGGAGCAAUCUGCGACAGCUAACUCUCAGCGCAAAAAACAGCCAGAAAAUCACAUUACCCGAGGACAUAAAAGAGAUCGAGGUGCUCAAUCUGGGUAAUAAUUCUCUGCAGGAACUACCAGAGGGACUGGGCUCAACCUUGACAAAGCUUCGCAUCCUUGUUCUUCGCAGGAACAAGUUUGCCACUGUACCUUCUGCAGUAUUUCAACUUAGUCAAUUGGUUGAAUUAGACACUAGUCACAACUGCCUGAGCCACUUUUCUGAAGAUAUUGAUCUUUUGAAGGGGCUUAAGAAGCUGUGCAUUAGUCAUAACAAAAUCCAAUACCUGCCGUCUCAGAUUGGGACUUUACAUUGUCUUGAGGAACUUGACAUCAGCUUCAAUGAGCUGCAUGAUUUUCCCAAGUCAUUUUCAAAGCUCAGGAAGCUCAGAACACUUGAUGUGGAUCACAACAAGCUACAGCAUUUUCCCUCUGAAAUUCUUGCUCUCAGUGACCUGGAGGAGCUCGACUGCUCCGGGAAUAAACUAGAGGGUCUUCCGGGAAAUAUUAUGAUGCUCCAAUCCAUUAAAAUCCUGUGGCUGAGCAGCACCCAUCUCUCCUCCUUGCCAGAAACAUUCUGUGAUUUGCAGAACUUGGAGAGCCUGAUGCUCGAUAAUAAUUUCCUAACAAAUCUGCCACUAUCAUUUGGAAAACUGCAAAAGAUGAAAAUGUUGAAUCUGUCAUCUAACUCCUUAGAAGAUUUCCCUCAGGUUAUCAUCAAAAUCGCUAGUUUGGAGGAGUUGUAUUUAAGCCGAAAUAAACUGACCUUCCUCCCUGUGGAGGUAGGACAGCUGAGUAAUCUUGCUAAUUUGUGGUUGGACAAUAAUAGCAUAACGUUUCUCCCGGACUCUAUUGUAGAGCUAGGGAAAUUAGAGGAGCUGGUGUUACAGGGUAACCAAAUUGCCAUACUCCCAGACAAUUUUGGAAAACUUGCCAAAGUGAACAUUUGGAAGGUGAAGGAUAAUCCUCUCAUUCAGCCUCCGUAUGAAGUGUGCAUGAAAGGGAUCCCAUACAUAGCUGCCUAUCAGAAGGAGCUUGCACACUCCCAGACUGCUGUUAAGCCCAGACUUAAACUUGUUAUGAUGGGACAGAAAAAUGCAGGGAAAACCACACUCAGGCAGUGCAUUGUCAGUAAACUAGCAGAUGCCAAGAUGGUGACUGGAGGUAGGGGUAUUGAUGUUACAAACUGGGUAGCGGAUGCUGAUCGUAGUCUUGCAUUCAUUGUGUAUGAUUUAUCAGGUAAACAGAACUACGAUCUUAUCAAACCCUUUUUCCUCUCACCUGGAGCUCUUUAUGUUUUAGUGGUGAAUCUGAAAUCAUAUACGUCAAAGAACUUUUACCCUCAUGUUGGGUGUUUCCUCCACCUGCUCAGUGCCAAGGUGCCACAUGCCGUUGUGUGCAUGGUGGGGACCCACACUGACCUGUGUGAGGAGUUUGAGAUUGAAGAAAAGUGCCUGGAUAUUCACAGACAGAUUUCACUCCAGGAAAAGAUGGACAUUGAGUGUAUGCGAGUGCUUGCCAUGCAGGUUGACGAAGCCCUUGAGCAGGGUUAUGAUAUUCGGAUGUCUAGCCCCCAUGUGCUCUUUUAUGGUGUUUUGGAUAAAAACUUGAGACGUAAGAAGUCCCAAUUGCAAUAUAUGCUGAACAAUCGAUUACAAAUCCUGUCUCCAGUGACUUGUGUCAGUUGUGUGGCGGCACAAAGGAACAUCCAGCGCUUGAAAGAGAAGCUCAUGUUGGUCGCUGAUCACAGGGAGAUUUUCCCCAACCUUCACAGAGUGCUACCCAAAUCAUGGCAGAUGCUUGAGGAACUGCAUUUUAAGCCACAGGAUUUAUGGCUUUCCUGGUGGGAUUCGGCCCGAUUGGGCCUCCAGGCGGGGCUGACGGAGGACCGCCUGCAAAGUGCUCUCUCCUACCUACAUGAGAGCGGUAAACUUUUGUACUUUGAAGACAGCUUGACGCUGAAGGAAUAUGUCUUCCACAAUCUGCCACGGUUUAUUGCCAUCUUAAAUGUCUUUUUUCAGAGGGACCUCACGACAAUGAUUGAAAAACUUGAAGCUGAGGCAGACGAUGGAGAUAAUGCCAGAUCCACACAGAUGCACAGUCACGUGGAGGGUUUUCUGUCGCAUGGCCUACUGUCAUCAAUCGUCAUUCGUUUGCUGCUUAAACCCCUAGUACAGACACAGCAGGACUUGCAUCUGAUCAUGGAACUGCUGGAAAAAAUGGGGGUCUGUUACUGUGUCAACAAACCUCGAAGUAAGCCACUUAACGGAGCCACCGUCUGGUAUAAGUUCCCCAGUCAGGUCAGCAAUGAGGAGCCCCAUUCAGAUGCCUUGGCCAGUGGGGGUUCAUCCAUCCCUGGUCAGAUCUUCUCGGUUGAGCAGCUGCAGAUUGAAUACAGGUUUCCUUUUCUCACCCCUCUUGGACUUUUUGCACGAUUUAGUGUGCAAAUCAACAGCCACGUGGUGCAGCGAUCUGAUGGAAAGCAUCACAUCUUUGCCUAUCGGGGUAAAGUGCCUGUGACAGUGAGUUACCGGCCCUCACGGAACAGAUUGCAGGCUGAGACCCUCUCCAUUUCCAGCCAUGCAUCCUUGCCAAAUAUCUGGACAGCUUGGCAAGCCAUUAUUCCCUUAGUAGAAGAGUUAAACUUUCUUCUGCAGGAAUGGCCUGGCCUUCACUACUCUGUGCAUGUUCUGUGUUCCAAGUGCCUGAAGAGAGGGUCCCCCAACCCACAUUCCUUUCCAGGUGAGCUGUUAAGUCAGCCUCGACCUGAGGGACUAACUGAGAUCAUCUGCCCCAAGAACGGCUCGGAGCGGGUCAAUGUGGCAUUAGUUUACCCCCCAACCCCGACUGUGGUCAGCCCCAGUCAUAAAUGAAACUUACUUUUCCUGCACUUACCUGCCUGUGAAUGGCCUUCACAAACCGAUGCACCUCUAUAUCUUAUAUGCACACGUGAAAAUACACAAGAACCUGCGCGUGUUUAACAUAUACUGUAGUUUUGUCACAUUUGUGUGCCCCACUUACCUAUUGCCUCCGCCCUUCUUUCCUCAUCUGAGGGGGAUGACAGACCACUUAAUGGAUGGUUGUCAUAGGGAGACCAUGAUAUGUGGACCCACUUACAUGUAAGUACAUGAAGGUACAUGUACAAGGAAAGUGGGACACUUGCGCCAAUUUAUAAUUAAUAUAUCUUAUUUUCCAUUACUACUCAGUUUUCGCAUCAAAGGAAUGUUAUGGGUUAAAUACAAGUUAAGCUCAAUCAACAGCAUUUGUAGCAUAAAGUUAAUUACCACAAAAACUAUUUCAACAUGCUCCUCCUUCAAAAAUCACUUACAAUGGAAGUGAAUGGGGCCAGUCCAAAAACGGUAACGUAUAAAAUUUUUCAAAAAUAUACCCGCAAGAUGUAAACAUUACACAUGUACAUGAUUUUAGUAUGAUAAAAUUGCUUAUUAACGUUAUCUGUGUAUAGUAUACAGUGCAUCCGGAAGUAUUCACAGCGCUUCACUUUUUCCACCUUUUGUUAUGUUACAGCCUUAUUCCAAAAUGGAUUAAAUUCAUUAUUUUCCUCAAAAUUCUACAAACAAUACCCCAUAAUGACAACGUGAAAAUUUGUUUGAAAUAUUUGCAAAUGUAUUAAAAAUAAAAAAUGAAAAAAAUCACAUGUGCAUAAGUCUAAAAUACAUAAGUCAUCUCUGGAGAGAUCUGAAAAUGGCAGUGCACCGACGCUCCCUAUCCAGCCUGAUUCAGCUUGAGAGGUGCUGCAAUGAAGAAUGGUAGAAACUGCCCAAAAAUAGGUAUGCCAAGCUUGUAGCAUCAUACACAAAAAGACUUGAGGCUGUAAUUGUGCCAAAGGUGCUUCAACAAACUAUUGAGCAAAGGUACUUAUGUACCUGUGAUUUUUGUUUUUUAUUUUUAAUAAAUUUGCAAAGAUUUUAUGGGGGUUUUAAGAUUUUAAAGUCAUUAUGGGGUAUUGUUUGUAGAAUUUUGAGGAAAAUAAUUAAUUUAAUUCAUUUUGGAAUAAAGCUGUAACAUAACAAAAUGUGGAAAAAGUGAAGCACUGUGAAUACUUUCCGGAUGCACUGUAUAUCCAAUAUUACAGCUUUGUUGCUAUGAUGAUGUGCUGCCGGUAAACCCAGUGAGUGAGGGGAAAAAUCAAAAUUAUGAACAUUAUGCUACAAAAACUGUCAAUUGAGUACCCAGAACAUUCCUUUAAGAUCAUCCUAAACUAAUAUGGUGUGACUUUGAUGUAGCCAUUUGAACCCUAAUUUAAAAACAUCCCCAACAUUAUCAGAAAUUGUCCCACUUUACCUGUAUUCUCCAUAUGUAAAUAAGUGUGAAUCUGAGGGAUUUUAGAUGUCCACCCUCAUUUAAAAAAAAAUUUGUGUGCUCUCUUCUUUUUUAAAUUAUCAGCUCUGACCGCCAACACAUGAUGAACUGAAAGUAUUAGAAACUUGUUGCAGUGACAACCUGUUUUGUCUAUGUACACCAAUUUUUCCUUGGGAUGGCCCUUUGAACAAUCUUUAACCACUUUGAGCCUCAACACCACUGGCGCACAAUUGUUUGAACAUUUCAGAUCAGUUCAAGAUUAUCUUCUCCCUAGCAAAUUCAUGGAAAUCCCUGAUUUUAUACCCAAAGGCAUCUCUUAGACUGAAACUACAUAAUGUCUGUGCUGCUGUGGGUGGAUCUGCUGAAAGGAAUGGAAGAUGACGCUGUUUCCCCCAGACUUGAGUACACUUUGAUUAGAAAGGUGAAAAGUUGGACAUAUGCUUUAAGUGAUAUUGUACUUCAAAUGCAUGCCUUUAAAGGGCACCUAUUAUGCCCCUUUUCACAAGAUGUAAUUUAAAUCUUUGGUGUCCCCAGAAUGUGUUGAUAUGUGUGAAUGUGAAGUUUCAGCUCAAAGUACCCUACAGAUUAUUUAUUAUACCAUGUUGAAAAUGCCAAUUUUUGGGUGGGAAUACCUUUAAAUGCAAAUGAGCUGGUGCACACUGCCCUGUAUCCAGAAUUGGGCGGAGUUUUAACAUCUCUGCUUCGGAUACCUAGACAUAAGCAAUAUGACUGACAGUGAAAACAGUGGUGUUCAGCCCUAUAUGUUUGAACCGGAGUCAGACACUGAUGAGGGAGAGACUCCAUCAGAAGUAACAACUUUGUGAAUGAACCAGGAAGUUUUCGAAUGGUUAUUUGAUUUUGUUGUAGAGUUUUUUCAGCAGUUUUGCAAUGAUGUAUGAGCAACACAAAUACUGUUACAAUGUUCGCUAUGAGCUAUAACGAAACAACACACACAAACAAACAUGUCAGUUGGCAGAGUCCUCAACAAUGGUGUGCAAAGUGACUUCACUUUGUACAGAAUGUCGUACUUGUUCAGUGCUUAUGAUUAAUGGAGAUUAAAAAAGGACUGGGUGGAUUUUUAUCAUUAUAGGGUGGUUGUGUACACACUGCCAACACAAAUUGAUGUUCAAACACCAUGUAAAAGUAAAUUUUGCAUAAUAGGUCCCCUUUAAAAUACAUUGAAAUGUAUUAGUGUAGGCCUCUUGAUAGUUUAGUUGUCUACAACAUGGAUGAACAGAAAUGUUGUCUUAUUGAGAUCUCUCUGCUCGAAGACAAAAAUUUUGUGUUUGGUAGUUUCAGGCGGAGAAGAGGAGACAUGUAAAACUAUUUUAGUAGCAGCCAAAGACAUAAAACUGUUUCCUUGAACCAUACUAAGACUUUUUUCUUUUAUUUUUCCUUCUUUCCUUCUGUAUUUCUUUCAAUGGUAAGAAUGUUUUUCCUUGCUUUUGGGUACAUAUGAACAAGAAUUCAGCCAAGGAUGUCUUUUCUUUUUUUUUUUUUUUUUUUAAGAAAAUUGUGUAUGUAUUGGAUAUGCAUUAUGUAUUUCACAGAACAUGAUCUUCAAAUGUAGUGUAUGAAGCAUUUUGUACACAAUUAUCAAACUGAAAUAGUGCACAUUACCACCAAGGACAAAGAACUAAGACUUCUUUUUAUAUAGUUAAUUCAUAGUUAGGACUGUUGUUUAUCAUUUCAAUGUUUCUCUUUUGGAGAGGAGAGAUUCUGCAAUAUGUGAUGUUUUGCAAACAGUUAAUACAAAUUUGUAAAUAAUAUUUUAUUUUUGUAAGCUAAUAAGCUGUCACCAAUAUCCAACAUAAUUUACUGUGCAUGGCUACUGUGCUGAAUGUAAAAACUGUUUUCUAAGUUAUAAAGAUGUUAUUCUUUCUCAUAGUAGGACCACACAAAAAGAAAAUCACCAAAGCACACCAAAUAUAAAGGCUGGUUUCCACACUGUUGUACUGUCAUUUCCUUUCUAUUUUUGUAACAUCUCCAAAGCAUAUAUUGUAUAAUAAAUUGAUAAGCCAACUCAUGAUAUGCAAUAGCAAUGGCUCACUCUGACUGUAGACAACGUAAAUCUUACUAUCCUAAACUACAGGCUACCGUUUUGAAUUCAGAUGUCACUUAAUAUCUGUUAAUAUCUAACAACACUGUUACACAUUAUAUGAAUUUUGGAAUUUAUUAUAAGAAAAUAUAUAUAUUUAACUAUCCUUCUUAUUUGAUGUUUUUUUACUAGAGAAUUAAGAUAUUACACUAAUUCAGGGUUUUUAGCAUAUAAAGCAAAAAAAAGGAAAGUUUGUGUGGUAUAGUCUGCAGAACUGUCAAAUAUAUUUCGCCUGACUGUUAAAAAGGGAGCAAAGACGCUGUAGCACGCCACAUGGAAAAGGCGCAAACUUCGACUGUGAGCAAAUUUAAUGCUACUUCAAGACAAAUAGUUUCAACAGAUUUAGAAAAUUGUUAUUACAUACCACUCAGCUUAGGGUAUCUACUGUCAACUGGGAAGACAACAACGAUUAUUGAGCUAAUCAUGUAGCUGUCUGUGUAAAUGUAACACGUAAAGUAACAAAUAUUCCUUCUUUUAUGUUAGCACGCUGAAUUUUACGUAAAGCAAAUUUAUUAGCAGGUGAUGAAAACAAUUAAAACUUUUGCUGUGUAAUAUUUACAAAAACAUAAAAAACAGAUCUGGUUACAAAAUACUGCCUUAAAAGUGCAAUCAGUAACGUUUGCUUGUGCCAUCUUGGACUUACAGUGACACCUAGUGGUGUGGAUGCAGCAUCAUUCAAAAUCAAUAGUUUUCAGUAACAGAUGCCAUUGUAGAAAUUCACUAUUCACAAUCAGCCAUGAUUAAUUUAACUCAAGAGUGAAAGUGUCCAAUAACAAGAUGGUUUCUGAGAUUAAGGAAGCAGUAUUUAGUCAUGCGAGUCUAAAAUGGCAGCCACAAUGAGGGCACCCCUUCCCCGUGUAGAAUAAAACAGCUUUUAUAAUGUUACUGAUAUGACUAGUGUAAAACAUUUUAUACAUAUGUUUCAAAAUUACAAUUAAUUAAUUAAGGAGUACUUUUUUAAUGGGGAGGUUUUAAUGGUACACACUUAAUGUGUGCACCAUUAAAAUUCACUCUGCAUCCAAAUUUGUUUUAUUUAGUUGCAGCUAAAUAAAACAUUUAAUGCAGCCUUUCUAAAAAAAAAAAAAAAAUGAUGACAGGAGAAAAUGAGUUUGGAAUAUCUAUUGAGAGCAGUUGUAUUAAAUAGUCUUUUCACUCAAAAAAAUAUUGAAUUACAUUAACAUUUAGAUUUUAAUAAUGACAUAUUUUUUAUCAAACUGAAUUGAGUAAUCUUUAGCUAAAUACACAUGUUAUGAAUUAUACAUAAUGUGAAUAAUUUUAUUAAAAUGAAAGACUUUACAUUUAUGCUAAAUUUAUAAUAA